AUGGACAGCUCCAAGCACGUGGCCCUCGUGAUCGGCGCAUCCAGAGGCAUGGGUCGCCAAGUUGCCAUCGACCUCGCCAGGGCUGGAUAUCGGGUCGUUGUGUCCGCAAAAACCACCUCGGACGCAUCCAAAGCCCACCCAUUCCCGCCUGAUCCGAACUCGCCGCAAUCCACCAUUGACACCGUGACACGCGAGAUACAGGAGGCUGGUGGAGAGGCACUUGCCAUUGCCGCCGACACUCGCGACCCCGACGCCGUGAAGAGCAUGGUCGACCAAGCCGUGGCUGCAUUUGGCCGUCUCGACGUCCUGGUCUACAACUCCGGUGCAAUAUGGUGGGCCUCAGUCGAGAACACGCCGGUCAAGCGAUUCAAGUUGAUGCAGCAAGUCAAUGUCGAAGGCUUGUACAGCACCAUCCAAGCGGCUCUGCCUCACUUCAAGAACCUCGGCUGGAAGGGACGCAUCGUUGUUGUCAGCCCUCCCAUAUACUCACGCUUCUUCCGUGGCAAAGCCGCUUAUGCUAUGGGUAAAGUUGCCAUGAGCGUGCUGACGAAAGGGCUGGCUAUGGACUUUGCUCGCCAAGGCAAGGAGAACAUGGCUAUUUCCAGUAUGUGGGUUGCCACGGCUAUCCAAAGCGCUGCCACGGUUGGCAGAGAGGACGUGCUCAGUGAUCUACGGAAACCGACAAUCUUCUCCGAUGCCGUCUUAGCCAUGCUUCGAGCUCCCGUGACCGAUGUCAAUGGUUGUUUGGAGGUAGAUGAAGAUUUCCUCCGUAAAACUGGUGUCACCGACUUCUCCAAGUACAGUCUGGUUCCUGGGUCCAACCCGAGGAGAAUCAUGCCCGCUGAAUUCCCGGAUCUAACCGUUGCAGAACAAGACGAUGAGGGACGACGGAUGGACAGCAACAAAUCGAGGACGUCAAGAAUGUAG